UUGGCUCCCCAGAGUAUUGACCGAGAAGCUGCAGACGCUGGCAGUCUCCUAGCAACCAGGUCGCCUGGUAAUGGGCCAAGCGCUCUGGCUGGCAGACACCAGGAGACUUCACGCACUGAGCAGUUUCUACAGAGGUUCAUUUUCAAAGCCCUUUGGCAGGUGUGAAAAGAUGGCUCAUGCCCGCAUCUCCAUGUAUAUGCCUCCUGACAUCGACCCCACAAAAGCCGCCAUUGCUUAUGGCUGCCGGGCCUUGAGCAAGCUUAAUGAGGAGCUACAGUCAAGGGAUCUCCUGACAAGGCAGAAAGCCCUAGUGGCUCUGUGUGACCUCAUGCACGAUCCUGAGUAUGUCUACGAGGCCAUCAACAUAGGCUGCCUGGAGAGCCUGAAGACCCUGCUGCAGGAUGAUGAUAACCUGGUACGGAUAAAGACCACGGAGGUUCUAUACAUCAUGGCCACCCAUUACGUAGGCAGAGUUGGCUUCUUAAAGCAUGACAUCAUCCAAGCCCUGUCACUCCUGCUGAGUGAUCACCAGACCCUCUGCCGGGAGAAUCUACACCAGGCAUACAAGCAUCUGGCACAGUUGCCUAAAGGGGCCCAGGGUAUCGUCCAGAGUGGCCUGAUCCCCUCGCUGGUACGGAAGCUGCAGAAGGAGGAGGACCAUAUUCAGGAGAUCAUCUUGGACACUCUGGCGCUGUGCCUUCAGGAGGACGCCACCGAGGCCCUAGAGAGCCAAGCCGUGCCCUGUUUAAAGGAGAAGCUCCUUAGCCAAAACUCUGAAAUCCGCAGCAAAGCCGCCCGGGCGCUCAUUGCCAUCAGCAUCCCGUUGGAUGGCAAGAAUCAGGUGUGGAAGAAUAAAGUCAUUCCCAUCCUGGUGACUCUGUUGUCAGACACGGAUGAGGAGGUGAAGGCCAAUGCCGCCGGGGCUCUGAUGCACGCCACAGUGACCACUGAAGCCACAGUGAGCUUUCCAGAUGUAUCUUCCUCAUGUCAAGGGUCAAGUAGUGACCUCUCAGGCCUCAAGGCUCCAUCCAAAUCCACUUUUGACUUAUCAUCAAAGUCCUUUUGAGGUUUGGUCCAAAUUCCAGUCCUCACUCAUUUUCCGGGACACAGUGGACUGCCAGAGACUUCUCACAAGCUGCUCACAUUAGGACCUCUGCCUCUCAACAUCAAGCCCUUUCUUUGGCCUAAAGAUGUCACCUCAGGCUCAGGUCUCGUAUAAACCAUGAUCAAUUA